UGUUGAGGCAGGAAGCGGAAGCUUCGUUCCUUCCGCCGGCUGGUCGUCAGGGUUGCGCGAGCCCCGGAGCGCGGGGGCUGCCUACGGCCCGGCGCCGGCUGCCGCUGGGCGGACGAUGGGGCUGAGCGAGCGGGAGCGGGCCGGGUGCCGGGCGCUGCUGGAGCUUCUGGAGACGGAUGAGCUGACGUCGCUGACGGACACGAUCACCAACCGCCUGGUGCUGCCGCAGAGCCGACAAGAAGCCAUUCAUGCAAUUUUAGUUUACAGUCAAAGUGUAGAAGAACUCUUGAAACGAAGAAAAGUCUAUCGAGAAAUAAUUUUUAAAUACCUGGCAAAAGAAGGAGUUGUGGUUCCACCUUGUUCUGAAAAACACCAGCUCAUUCAUCAUGCAAAGCAAUACUGGAGUGGGCAGCUGACAGAUCGUGUUGCAGAGACAGAGGAUAUUAAUCCAAAUAAACAGAGCUAUGAACAGAGACAAAAACAACAGGAAGAGAAUGAUUGGCACAGACUAGGAAGAGAAUUCUGUCAGUGGUUCUUUGAACUUCUCAACUCUCAGCAUCCUUUGGGGAGACAAUCCAAAGAACAGUGGGGACCACAGCAUUUCUGGGAGGAUGUCAAACUGAAAUUUUGUUACAACACAUUAGAAAAAAACAUGGAAGAAUAUGUUGGUGCAGAAUUGGUGAGCCUCCGUUUACUCUCACUGGUGAAAGAAGAGUAUCUCUUACUGAACCCCAACUUGGGUGCUGGUGGACUGAAGUGUGUAAUUUCUCCACAUGGGUUAGUAGUGGUGGCGGUAGCUGGCACAGUACAUAGAGGCAACAUUUGCUUGGGCAUCUUUGAACAAAUCUUUGGACUCAUCCGCUGUCCAGUUAGAGAGAAUACCUGGAAAAUAAAAUUAGUGAAUCUUAAAAUAGUUGGAGAAAAUGCUCUGGAGCCUGGGACACAUGUGCAAAAGCCGUCCAUAAAAUAUGAAUCGAACGAACUGCGAGAGCUAUACGAUGGGAAAGAACUGAGCUUGAUUGAACCUCAAAUUCUGAGCAAUGUGCGUACAGAAUUGGGGGAAUAACGAUUGUUUGUUUGAAAAACAAUACAGCAGUUGUUGUGCAUAUUUGAAUGUUUAAAUGACUUCAGACUUGUGGUGAUGUCUGUUUCUUUAGUCAGGUUUGCUAAGUUGAUGACAUGCCAAAGUGCUGAGUGAAAUGCACUUAAAGAACUCCACUGCUUUUGGGUACCCAUCUUCCAUACUAACAUGUAAUUGAAAAAGUUGCUUCAGGACUUAGAAUUGCACAACACAUGUUUAGAAAUGAAGUAACUUUAUUUUUCUUUCUAUUUGAUGUGUUCUUCACUUACAAAAAAUGUGGCUGUAUUGGAAUGUGGGUUGUGACGAUAAUGAGGAACUGGACACCACAGGGACUUAUUAGAGCAUAUGGGGCUUCUCCCGAGGCCACUAGUUGAAGUUGGACCCCAAUUGUGUUGGAAAGUCAUUGCCUUUAAGUGGCCGCUUAAAAGUGCGUUAGGAUUCUUGAUCUAAUUUCUUAAUGGGCCAAUAAUCCCCACAAAACUGGCAGCCUUGUUGGCAGUUUCAGGGGAGAAGUCAAGCACUGAAUGCAUGAAGAGAAUUUUUCUCUUUGUCCUAAAGUUGAUUCCUUCACUAAAAAAUAGAGAGAACUUAAGAUAAUGUGGGGAAGCUAGCCCUGCUUCUUACAAUGAUUUUCCUGUUCUGAAUUAAUAGUUAAGUUUCCAGUGUUGUCAUUUAUUUUUCAUUUUCCAGUAGCAUUUACCUCACCUCUGCAAUAAAAAACACCCUGCUCCCAAAAUUAAAUGGUUGCCAUUGCAUCCAUUUUUUGCACUGACUCUCUGAGGGAUCAAGGAGUUACCAUUAGAAUUUACUUAAUUAAUUUAAGCUUCAUAUAAAGCCAGAUGCUUUAUAGGGUAUUUGUUUUGUAUACAACUUACAGGAGAGUUUAAUGUAAUAGCUUACAUGUGGUGGUUCCUGUACGUUCUCUCAAAAUCUAGAAUUGUAUCCAAUUACACCAGACUUACUAAACUGGAUAUGUCAGUUUUUUAAAACAAGGAAGCUGGAACAAGAAGUAGAUUUUUCCAGAUAAGCUCGCUCUUCCAUUGCCACAAGUAAUAGCAAUUCAGAGGUUAAAGGGAAUUUAGGUAACUUCAAUAACUACACUUCUCUGUUUUCUUAAUAUGUUUAAAAGUAACACAAAAGAUCAUGUAAAAUCUUUUCUGUUUACUUGCUUCGAGUAUUUGACAGUUGUUUGUCUAUUCAAUUUCAUUAUUUCUCCAAUAAUUAUUUCCCAUUUGUGUGGUCUUUCACACAACGUGAGAGAGAAGUAUGCACUUUAAAGAAAUGCGUAAAUGUGGUUAAAACUAGUAAUAAGUAGCAGGAAGACACGAGGCAAGUGUGGUGCCAAAAAAACACUUUCAAACUCACUUUUGUGAACCAACUGAUUUCUAGUUGUCCCUUUAACAACAACAACAUUUGUUUAAAAAGAAUGUGAUUAUAUACUGAGUGAAGAACAGUGUUUGAAACAUUGUUUUCUAGUGAACUGUUGAGAUGAGGGCUUUCUCAGCUCCUAAUUUCUAACUAAGAAAAAGUAGCUUUCAUUCUGAAAUUCCUGUGAAGCACUUCCCUUUCCUUGCACGUGUGUAAUCUACUAGUUGAUUAGUAGCCAUGCAUAUCUAUGAAAGGGGAGGGAGCGGGGAAGUCUCUACAUGCUCGUGAUUUUGACUUUUGCAGUGCAGAGGAGGAAAUAACUGCAAACCAAAGACUAAAAACAGUGCCUCUUUUGAUUAUGUAGCGAUACUACCUUGCUGAGUAUUAAUUAAAGCAAAUAUCUUGUCUCCUG